GGUUCAAAGUGGCUCUGUAGAAAAGCGAGUUCUUUCUGUCCGAAAUUUCCUUUUUGGGCUACAUCAUCAUGGUCGAGGGACUGAAACCGGAUCCCAGGAAGGUAGCAGCGGUCCGAGAAGCCCCGGCCCCGGUCGCACUCACUCAGGUUCGAGCCUUCCUAGGGCUGGCCUCUUAUUAUCGACGCUUAAUUCGGAGCUUUGCCUGCCUCGCCAAGCCGCUGAUGAACCUGCUGAAGAAGGAGGAGCAGCUGAUUUGGACGGCGGAAUGCGAGGCGGCUUUUUGGGCACUCAAGGAGGCUCUGACAUCGGCACCCGUGUUGGCGCGUCCCAAUCCGACAAGACAGUUUGCGCUGCAUACCGACUGGCAGCCGCAGGCAAUAUCGGUAGUGCUGACUCAGCAAGGAACGGAUGGAAGGGAGCACGUCAUUGAGUAUGCGUCAAAAAUGCUAAGUCAGGCGCAGUCAAAUUACGAGGCGUGCAAGGGGAGCAGGAUGAACCAUCGCCAGUCGGAGCAUGAGCCCCUCGAGCAUUUCCAGACGUCGCUUGCAGAUCGCUUGUUGCGGCAUCAGUUCAAUGAGGAGAGGCAGUUGCAAUACGACAUUCAGCAGGUGAACAUGCCAGCGCCCGGGGUUGCUGAUCUGGCAGCGUACUCGUUACUUUGUGAUCGGCUGACAUAUGCGGGGGUGUAUGUGGACGUGACGCAGUUGCCUGGGCAGGAGACGACUCGAGUGUUCAUCGAGUUCCGCGCGCUCCAGGUGGCACCUAACUUCGUGCAUAGCAUCGCCACCUUUAUCGGAGAUUUGACGAUCCUGCCGCAGCCGAGUCAGGAGCUGGCGCAAAGCUUUGUGCGCGAAUACGCGGUGCAGGCGGCCAGAUCAGUGGCCAGAGUGCAAGGACGGGGAGGGCAUCGAUUCACAACCCACGAAGCGCUGCUGCGCAGGGCAGAGGAUGGACCAAUUGCACGAAGACGCGUGGGAGUUGCACCGUGCGCUAUACAAGUCGGUGGCGUUGGGGAUGUUCCGAUUCUUCAUGGACCUCGAAGACCGCUGCAUCGGGGAGCACUUCGUCGUCUAUUACGUCAUCACGCGGCCCAAGCCAGCGCAAAAGGAGGGGUGGCGUUGUACCCAUUCGCCCAGCUCCAGACGACCGAUCCGGGAUUGUUGGAGCUCAUACAUCUUGAGCUCCUAUCCAUUGCGCAAGUGAUCGCGAGCGAGGAAAAGGAGAUCCAGCCACGAUUGCGGACGGCGGCUGCCCCGCGGAGAACGUACAACGUGGUCGUCAUUCCGGAUUACAUUGCGCAGCGCGAGGAGAGGUUGGAGGACUUCUCAGAGGAAAAGCCGUUGCGACCUCCCUCGUCGUAUCCCAGACCGGCGCCGCCAAAGGCCCCCAAGAAGACGCCGAAGAGGAAGAGAUGCCACCUGUCGCCAGGAGCGCAAGGCAGCAGAAUCGGUGGCGGCGAGGAGGUGGUUCAGCCCAUGCGCACGCGGAAUCUUGACCCGGUGCGUGGGAGUGCGGCGACACUGGUUAAGGAGACUGUCGUGCCAUCGCCACCCUUCCCGCGCGUGCCCGAUCUCAAUCUCGAUGGAGCCGGGCCAUCAGUCGCAGCAGCCGGAGGAGGAAGCAGAAUGGGAUUACCGGAUCCCGUAUCCAGAAUCCCCGUCCUCGCGGGACCUUUCCGCUUCCGCCAGCCACCCCGGAGUGCCCCGGCAUUGACAUUAGUAGUUCCUCCGAGCCGGACGGUCCAUCCGACCGAGGUGGAUUUCAUGGUGGAGCCCACCACCGUUAGGCUCGAGGCCAUUGCGGGGGCGCCGCGCCCUGAUCCGGCGUGGGAGCCAUAUCUGACACCCUCUUUUCAAGGGUGUAUUGCGGCGCAACUGGCGGGGACGCUCAUCUACGAGACCGGGCAGCGUCCCAAUGUGAUGUACCACUUCCUCGUCUUCGCGACGCAGAAGCGGGAGCGGCGGCCCUACACCGAGACUCAUCAGGUGAUGACGGGUCCCGGACCCCGUUCGGUGCGCAAGCGGGUGGUGCGAGCGGUGGCGGAUCUGGUGCCACGUGUCCUGUCUCAUGUGCCGGGGGCCUUUCUCUAUCCCUCGUUCAUCCAGCACCACUUCCAUGAGGAGGACGCUCCGACGACUCCCACGGCAAUGGCCGCCUUCCUUCCACCUAUCCCACCCCCUCUUAAUCCUGACAUCAACCACUUCCUUUGAUCACCCUCGUCUACCUCUCCCCUCUUCUCUCCUUCUCCUUCUCUUCAUCGUCUUCUUCUCCUACGCCCCAAAGUUCACGCG